GCCGGAGAAAAAGACGACGAAGAAGAAGGUGUACGUUAGUUAGCAUAACCCUAAAAAGCUAGCGUAGCUGUGUGUUGUAUGAGCUAUUCGCUUGUUACAUAUUUAGCAACCCACCAAGAAAAAAACAUCCGACAACAUUUCAUACCUGCGAACACACCAGACCCCACUUUAGGUUUUAUAUUCUGAAGGUCACACUUUGUCUGGUACAGUAACGCUGUAGCACUACUGGCAGUCCUGUGACACAAGAAAAUAAUGUGCUGCAGCUGAAGAUGGGUGGGAGCGGCUCCAAAUCCAAAGGAUUUUGGCCUUUUUCUGGCUCAGGUAGUACGGACGAUCCAACCAAAGAUGGAAAUGAGCAGUCAAUGGCGAGAGUUCGAAGUUUCCCUAAUGCAACACCUUUCGUGUUGACUAGACGAAGCUCUAUGUUCUUUGAUGAAGAUGGUGACUUGGCCCAUGAGUUCUAUGAAGAGACAAUUGUGACAAAAAAUGGACGUAAAAAAGCCAAGCUGAAGAGGAUUCAUAAAAACCUAACACCUCAGGGAAUUAUAAAGCUGGACAUCCCUUGCAUCCAUGUAGAUUUCCCAGUUGUCCUCUGUGAAGCCUGAUGAUGUCUGAGGAGCGUCUCAGACGGUCCACUUUGUCAACUCCGUCCUGUGGUUUCCCCGACAGCUGGAAGCCCGAACCACCUUUUAAAAUAACAUGAUCUCUUGAUAUAUUUGAUGCCCUUAUGUGGACAGGCUGAUGCAAUGUGUGCUGAGCCUCUGCAUGUGAUCUGUUUUUGGCUUGUGUGCAGUUAGACACAGAAUAGGUCACCAAUGGAGAUCUAGAAGGGUGCCAAGUUGGCCAAACCUGCUCAGUUUACAGAUCAUGGUUUGUGUGCAUGUAAGUGUGAAUGUGUGUGCAGACACAGGAUGAAAUGUGUCAGAGUCCUGAAUUUAUUGCUGCAGAUUGUUUUCUGGUAUGAUUGGUUGAACCUCUGGGAGUUUAGUAGAAGUGACCAGUUCUUCCCUCUGUCACAGUCAUAUCUAGAGUGGGAAAGUUUAAGUGCACACUUAAGUUUUUUGACACCAUCUUGAAUUGCUUUAUUAUGCAUGGAACAGGAUCUGCUUAUCAGUAAUAACGUAGGGAGUUGACAAUCAGUGGCCCACAAUAGCUAAAGUGGAUUAAUGUCAUAUUAUAAUGUUGGAUGGACUGGCUUCAAUGACCUUAGAGCCACACAUGUACACAGCAGCAGUGAGUCUAGUAAGAGAUCCUGUUGUUUCCUUUGCUGCUUUGGCAUACUAUGUUUCACUUUUAAUUUAUUAUAACUGUUUUUUAAUUACAAUUUGAAAUGCUAAA